AUGGGCGCCGUCGCCUCCACGGUGGCGGCGCGCUUCGCCUUCUUCCCGCCCUCCCCGCCCUCCUACGGCGUCGAGCCGCCGCCCUCGCCCGCGGCCGCCGCCGCCGACGGCGCGGUGGUGGAGCUCAGCGGGGUGCCCCGGCGCGGCGGCGUGGAGGCGCGCCGCCUGCCCACCAAGCGCGGCACGGAGGUCGUCGCCAUGUACGUGCGCCAGCCCGGGGCGCGCCUCACGCUGCUCUACUCCCACGGCAACGCCGCCGACCUGGGGCAGAUGUACGAGCUCUUCGUCGAGCUCAGCUCGCACCUCAACGUCAACCUCAUGGGUUACGAUUAUUCUGGGUAUGGGCAAUCUUCUGGGAAGCCAAGUGAGCAGAAUACUUAUGCAGAUAUAGAGGCUGCUUAUAGGUGUCUCAUAGAAACUUAUGGUACCUCUGAGGAGAACAUCAUUCUGUAUGGUCAAUCAGUCGGCAGUGGUCCUACUCUGGAUUUGGCUUCUCGUUUACCUCAUUUGAGAGCAGUUGUUCUACACAGCCCAAUUUCAUCUGGCUUGAGAGUAAUGUAUCCAGUGAAACAUACAUACUGGUUUGACAUAUAUAAGAACAUUGACAAAGUUCCAUUGGUCAAAUGUCCUGUGUUAGUAAUCCAUGGUACAGCUGAUGAUGUUGUGGACUGCACUCAUGGGAGAGCACUGUGGGAACUCUCGAAAGUAAAGUAUGAGCCUCUGUGGGUUAAAGGGGGAAACCAUUGUAAUUUGGAACUCUAUCCUGAAUACAUUAAGCACCUAAAGAAGUUUGUCUCAGCCAUAGAGAAGUCACCACCACUGAAAGAUGAAUCUCCAGAAAGCUCAGGUCCUUCAGAUCUCGAUACGGGAUCUGAAAGUAUGGAGAGUUCAAGGAGAAGCACGGAUGUCAGGGAAAAAUCAAGGUCAAGCACUGAUCACAGGCGGAGCACGGACCGACGGGAGAAACCAAGGGGCAGCAUAGAUAGGAGGGAUAAAAGCAGAAAGAGUGUAGAUCAUCCUGACAAGCCGAGGCCUAGUGUGGAUCAACCUGAUAAACCACGGAAAAGCAUUGACCGGUUUGGAGGGAUGAUGAGGUCUGUCAAAUUGUGCAAUAUUGACUGCUUCAAAGUAACUUCCACUUCUGGGAGCUGAAAAUAGUGGAAGGUUAGUUUUUGGUUAGUCAUCUGUAUUUAUUCCAUCUGUAUAAUCUAUUCAAUUGGGUGUUUUUAGUUUUGCUGUGAAAGGUGUACUCAUUUGGGUGAGGGUUGUUCACACUGAGUUGUUGCUUGAGAAGAAAUGAUCAUUCAUUCACGACCCCGAGUUUUCAAAGCCAAUCAUUUGUUACAUGAAGAAUUCUACUCCUGCAGAGUAUCAUUGAACACCGUUGUUACACUGUACAUAUGUUGUACCAUUACACUGCCGUAGUUUUCUUUUUCAUAGAAACAUUUCAUAGAUAUGAACCAACUAAACUGGGAAUUUUGUCUUCCCCCUGGGAAGUAUGUUACUUCAUCGUUUCGUCAUAGAUCUUGAGUUUGAAAUGUUCCACUGAAUCAUUUAAUGUACUCAUCACCUUUGUCCA